UGCUAUGGCACAUACUGCCGGAGGAGAAUCUUCUUCCAGCUCUGAUCCUCGUAAUUCAACUCCUAACUGGAAAUAUGAUGUGUUCUUGAGUUUUACAGGGAAAGACACUCGCUUGAAGUUUCUGGAUCACUUAGAUAAAGCUUUCGAAAGAAGUGGCAUCAAAACAUUUAAGGAUGAUAAAGAUCUUGAGAGAGGGAAAGUCAUAAAAGAAGAUCUCUUUCAAGCAAUCGAGGAUUCUCUCUGUGCAGUUAUUGUUAUCUCUGAAAAUUAUGCAAAAUCUACGUGGUGUUUAGAGGAACUUCAAAAGAUCCUUGAAGCUUCAAAAAUAUUGGAUCGACGGGUUUUCCCCAUAUUCUAUGAUGUUGAUCCAACCGAUGUAAGACACCAACGAAAACGCUUUCUGGAAGCCAUGGAUGAACAUGAAAACAGAUUCAGGGAGGACAAUGUGAAAGUGCAGACUUGGAGAAGUGCAUUGUGUGAAAUUGCCAACUUGUCUGGUUGGGACACCAGGGGCAGGCGUGAAGCAGAUCUUAUAGAAGAAAUAGUCAUAAAUGUAUGGACUUGCAUAAUUCCUAAAUUACCAUCUUAUGUUGACAAUCUGGUUGGGAUUGAGUCAAGGGCAGGUGAUAUGAUGUCUCGCUUGGAGAUUGGGGUGGAUGACAGACAUUUUGUAGGGAUAUGGGGUAUGGGCGGUGUGGGUAAAACAACUCUUGCUAGAGUUGUUUUUGAAAAACUAUCCCACAAGUUUGAAGUGUGUUGCUUUCUUGAUAAUGUUAGAGAAACAUUCGAGAAAGAAGGCAAGGUCUCUUUGCAACAAAAGCUUCUUUUUCAUCUCGAAAAGAAAGCUGUGAAUAUUCCUAAUGAUUACGAAGGAAUGAAGAUGAUAAGAAAGCGUCUCCACAAUAAAAAGGUUCUUCUAGUCAUUGAUGAUGUAGAUCAUGAGAGACAAUUUAAAAAUUUGGCUGAAAGUCCAGAUUGGUGGUCUUCCUUUGGCACUCGAAGUUUUGGGUUCUUUUCUUCACGAAAGAAAAAAAGCAGAGUGGAAAGAUACUUUAGAUGGAUUGAAGAAUAG